AUGAUUUCUACACCAUCAUCGUCAAGUGGAGGCUCCUCCGAAGAUGAUCACCAUCAAAACAACAAGAACCAUUCAACACCGAACAACAAAAGUUAUGAGAUUGAAGGCGUUGGAUUUGCGGUAGAACCGUUACGAAAUUGUCCACACUUUUCUGAUCCAAAUUGCUUCAACAUGCCAUAUCAAGAUCGAAAAGCGUUAAAGACUCUCUUCUCGACCAUCAUGACCAAGUUGGAGGACUCCAAUACCGAUACAGCCUCUGCACCUUGCUCUGUGUGUGGAGAUAGGGCUGAGAAUUGGUUUUGCCUUCAAUGUCAUUCCGUAUGUUGCAGUAGAUAUAGAAAAGCACACAUGAUGAACCACUUUGAAUCUACUCAUCAUCCGAUGGUAUUGAGCUUGGCUGACUUGAGUAUCUAUUGCUAUGAAUGUGAUGCUUAUGUAGAAAAUCCAGAAAUGACUAGACUCAUGUUGAGAGAAUUACAUUUUGCGAAGUUUGGAGAAUAUCCAGGUGGUCGUGAUGCCAGUGUAGAAAUCGGAGAAGCAAUCGAAAGAUUGAAAGUUGAUCAAAGAAAAAUUCGGGAAAUAGAGGAACAAGAACGUCAAGCAAAUGAAGAAAGUUAUCGUGCUUUUGAAAUUUUAGCGGAAAAGAUUGCACAAGCAGAAGAAAAGCAAAUUAUUUGUUUAACAGGAGCUGGAUUAUCCACAUCAGCUGGAAUCCCCGAUUUUCGUACACCUGGAACUGGACUUUAUGAUAACCUCCAAAAAUACAAUCUUCCACGUCCAACAGCAAUAUUCGAACUCGAUUAUUUUCACGAAAACCCAAAACCCUUCUUCCUUUUAUCUCGUGAUUUCAUUUCAACAGGAUACAAGCCAACAAGAGCUCACUAUUUUAUAAGGCUCUUAGAAAAAAAGGGAAAGUUACUGAGAUUGUAUACUCAAAAUAUUGAUGGGUUAGAGGCAAAAUCUGGAGUCUCUGAUGACGUUUUGGUAAAUUGUCAUGGCAUGUAUGAUACGGCUCAUUGCACCAAAUGUAGAAAAAAGUACACUCUGGCUGAAGUAGUGCAAAAAAUUGGUACUGCAGAGGACGUUGUUGUUCCACUUUGUGACAAAUGUGGUGGUUAUGUUAAGCCUGAUAUUGUUCUGUUUGGAGAAGAUUUACCUCACAGGUUUAGCAAGUGUGUAAAGGCAGACUUGAAAAACACAGCUUCCAAAUGCAAACUCUUUAUUGUGAUUGGUACAUCCUUAACUGUUCAUCCUGUUGCCAUGUUGCCUGAACUUGUAAAGAAAGGAUGUACUAGAGCUCUCUUGAAUAGAGAAAAAGCUGGACCAUUCAAGCAACAUGAAGGCUAUGUUACAGAAAUCGGAGAAGAGUCUAAUUAUCUCGACUUGUUUUUAGGCGGUGCAGACCUCACCAUUGAUGAAAGCGUAGAUCGUCUUUGUAAAUUGUUGGGAUGGGAAGAAGAGUUAGAGGAGCUGGUAAAACAGGGACCUGUAGACCUUGUUGAGAAGAGUAAAGAUGAAGAGGAACAUUAA